AACACACGCUUUAAAAAAAUAUGAUAGAGUAUAAUUUAAAAUUUGUAUCACUAGCAGCGGCUUACUUCAAUUUGAUAGUCGCCCUUAUUGGAAUCGGAAUCUCAAUUGGGGAAGUAAGCGAAAUUGCAAAAUCUCAGUUCAAAGAUAAAAAAUGUUAUUGGAUGGUUGGUUUCCAUAGUUGCCUAUUUUUAUAUUCGAUCAUGUUGAUUAGUGUCUCAGUUACAUUAGUUAUUGGAAUUAAAAAGAAACAACCUAAGCUGAUGGCACCCUUUGUCUAUUUGGUAUAUGGCGGUACAUGGAUGUAUGCCUUCCUAUCAUUUCGUCAUUUCGUUUGGGGUCUUUGGCAUAGAGGACCAUUUGCGAAACUUUUUAUCAAGCUAAUUGUUAAUUUGUCUUGUGUUUCAAUCCAAGCAGCAAUCUUUUGGCCAGUUUAUCUUCUCUAUAGGCAGUGGCAUAAUGAGUUGCGAGAGGAACUGAAGCAACAAGAUACGGACAAUGCAACUAAAUCGAAAAGUGGCGGAAUUUUGUCGUUGGAAAAAUAUUAAAAACAACUAAUAAAUAUACAACUUUUCUAUAA